UCAGAAUGAUCUCUGGACGCUCGGGGCUCCUGGAGGUGCUUCUCCUGGGGUCCAGAGCGGCCUGGACCUGGAAGCCAGGGGGGCUGUGCAGGCGCCCCGAGACUGAACCAGUGAGCGGGUGCCCACGAGGAUGGUGGCGCGGCCCUAGGCCCACGCUCCGCACCAUGACCCGCUGGCUCAGCCUACUGAGCUUCCAGCUCCUCCUGCUGCCCGCGGCCGCGGCCCCGGCGCCCGGCUGCCCGGCCCGGUGCGAGUGCAGCGCCCCGGCGCGCGCCGUGGUGACCUGCGCGCGGCGCCGCCUGACGGCCGUGCCCGACGGCAUCCCCGCCGACACGCGCGUGCUGGAGCUCAGCCGCAACCGCAUCCGCUGCCUCAACCCGGGCGACCUGGCGGCGCUGCCGGGCCUGGAGGAGCUGGACCUGAGCGAGAACGUCAUCGCGCACGUGGAGCCGGGCGCCUUCGCCAACCUGCCGCGGCUGCGCGUGCUGCGCCUCCGGGGCAACCUCCUGAAGCUCAUCCCGCCGGGCGUGUUCACGCGCCUGGACAACCUCACGCUGCUGGACCUGAGCCAGAACAAGCUGGUCAUCCUGCUGGACUACGCCUUCCAGGACCUGCGCAGCCUGCGGCGCCUGGAGGUGGGCGACAAUGACCUGGUGUUCAUCUCGCGCCGCGCCUUCGCGGGGCUGCUGGCCCUGCGCGAGCUGACGCUGGAGCGCUGCAACCUCACGGCGCUGUCGGCCGAGUCGCUGGGCCACCUGCGCGGCCUGGGCGCGCUGCGCCUGCGCCACCUGGCCAUCGCCGCGCUGGACGAGGAGAACUUCCGCCGGCUGCCGGCGCUGCGGCACCUGGAGAUCGACCACUGGCCGCUGCUGGAGGAGCUGGGCGCGGGCAGCCUGCAGGGGCUCAACCUGACCUCGCUGUCCGUCACGCACACCAACAUCACGGCCGUGCCGGCCGCCGCGCUGCGCCACCAGGCGCACCUCACCUGCCUCAACCUCUCGCACAACCCCAUCAGCACCGUGCCCCGCGGCUCGUUCCGCGACCUGGUGCGUCUGCGCGAGCUGCACCUGGCCGGCGCGCUGCUGGCCGUGGUGGAGCCGCAGGCCUUCCUGGGGCUGCGGCAGAUCCGCCUGCUCAACCUGUCGGACAACCUGCUGUCCACGCUGGAGGAGAGCACGUUCCACUCGGUGAACACGCUGGAGACGCUGCGCAUGGACGGGAACCCGCUGGCGUGCGACUGCCGCCUGCUGUGGAUCGUGCAGCGGCGCAAGACCCUCAACUUCGACGGGCGCCUGCCGGCGUGCGCCAGCCCGGCCGAGGUGCGCGGCGACGCCCUGCGCCACCUGCCCGACUCGGCGCUCUUCGAGUACUUCGUGUGCCGCAAGCCCCAGAUCCGCGAGCGGCGGCUGCAGCGCGUCACGGCGGCCGCGGGUGAGCCCGUGCGCUUCCAGUGCCGCGCUGACGGCGAGCCGGCGCCCACGGUGGCCUGGGUGACGCCCCAGCACCUCGCCGUCACCGCGGCCAGCGCCGGGCGCGCGCGCGUGCUGCCCGGGGGCACCCUGGAGAUCCGCGACGCGCGCCCCCAGGACAGCGGCACCUACACGUGCGUGGCCAGCAACGCGGGCGGCAACGACACCUACUUCGCCACCCUGGCCGUGGAGCCCGAGCCGGCCGCCAACCGGACCCCGGGCGAGGGGCGCAACGAGACGCAGGCGGCCGCGCGCUUCCCGCUGGACCUCACCACCAUCCUGGUGUCCACCGCCAUGGGCUGCAUCACCUUCCUGGGCGUCGUGCUCUUCUGCUUCCUGCUGCUGUUCGUGUGGAGCCGCGGGCGCGGGCAACACAAAAACAACUUCUCCGUCGAGUAUUCAUUCCGCAAGGUGGACGGGCCCGCGGCCGCCGCGGGCCAGGGCGGCGCGCGCAAGUUCAACAUGAAAAUGAUCUGAUGGGUGUUGGGCCCCCUCCCCCCCCAACGCCACCCCAGAGAUCUUGCCUUGCACGCGGGAGACCCCGGGUUCGAUCCCCGCCAUCUCGUUGGGUCCCCUGAGCAUCACCGGGAAUGAUUCCUGAGCGCAGAGCCGGGAGUCAGCCCUGAGCGCCCACGGGUGUGGCCCCCAAAAAAGUUACCAGAACGCGCAGUUGGGGGGCCCUCUAGGCUCCCCGCUCUUCCCCCCGUCACCGGGGCCCCUGGGAACCACCACCUAUGCAUUCCCCUCCACCCCUUGGGGGACCCUCCCCGCAGGACGCCCCUUUCCCUCCAGACUUGGAUUUUUUUCCCCUGCGUUUUUUUCUAAAAUUCGACGCGAUUUUUCUGCCCCCUCCGUCCCCAAGGCUGGCGCACUGAGCAGGGUGGGGGUGACAUGAGGGCCGUGGGAACCCCCAGAGGGAAAUAACACCCUGACAGCCACGGUGCCCCUGCCCCACAACACACACAGCUCCCCCUUGAGGGAAGGGCUAGGUUCCCCUGAUGGUUGCCCCCCCACUUCGCCUACACCCCCUCCCUGGACCCAGAGCUCACGUGUAUCCGCAAUGGGGCGCAUAAGGGCGAGCUCUCCAAAGGGGGGUGCGCACGGCUCUCUGAGGCCAGCACUGACCACGUGCCCUCUGUGGGGGUGAUGCUUGGGGUACCACUAGUGCACCCCCAGACACGGUCACCCCUGACGCACCCAGCUCCGCCCCAGACACAGUCACCCCGGGUCACACUCAUGUUGCCCCUGCUCUUAGUCACCCCAACCACCCCCAGAACACUUGGCUCACAGCUGGACAGUCGCCCUGGACACACUUGGCUCACACCCAGGACACACUGGACUCACCCAAACACACUGCUCAUACCCGGACACACUGGACUCACACCCGGACAGUCACCCUGGACACACUCGGCUCACACCCGGACACUGGGCUCACACACGGACACUGCUCACACCCGGACACACUCAGCUCACACCCGGACACACUGGACUCACACCUGGACAGUCACCCUGGACACACUCGGCUCACACUCAGACACUGGGCUCACACCCGAACACACUCAGCUGGACACAUUGCUCACACCCAGAUUCUGCUUAUACCCACACUGUUGACACCAGGUCACACUCUGCUCACACCGACACACUCAGCUCACACCCAGAUACACUGGAUUUACACCAGGAACACUCAGCUCACACCUGGACAUACUGGGCUCACACCUGGACACAAUUGGCUCAUGCAGGGACACAGUUCACACCUGGACAUGGGUCACACCCAAACACGCUCAACUCACAUCCAGACACACUCAGAUCACACCGGAACAUACGCAGUUCACACCCGGACACACUUGGCUCUCACCCGGAUACACCUGGACUCACACCCAGGACACGCUCAGCUCACACCUAGACAUACUAGGCUCACAUGUGGACGGACACACUUGGCUCAUGCAGGGACACACAUAACACCUGGACACACUCGGCUCACACGUGGAUAUGGGUCACACCCGGACACGCUCAGCUCACACCCAGGUACAGUCGGCUCACACCUGGACACACUUGACUCCCGGUCACACUCGGCUCACACCCAGACACUCGGCUCAUUCCCGGGGACACGCCUGGCUCCCGCGCUGCAACCCGGCCCCAGCUCAGGCCUCCCUGGGGUGAGACUGGCCGCGAGGGCCCCGCCCCCACCCGGCUUCCUCCCUCCAGGCCCGCAGGCAGCGGCGCUGUCCACCUCCUCGCCCUCUGCUCCCGUGGCUGCUGGCUACCAGGCCUGUGUGAGCCCCCCUCCACCCGCCCCGGGCCAGCAGCGUGGAGUCUGGAGCCCACCCCAACAGCCCAGCUGGGGUGACCCUUCACCUUGGGCCAGCAGCUGGCCGUCUCGGGGGUGGUCCUGGCGCACGAGGCCCCUUGCCCUCGGGGAGAGAGGAGCAGUGUGCGUGCGGAGAGGUCUCCGGGCGUCCCGCUGUGUGAGUGGAGGGGCGGGGGAGCCCGCGGAGACCGGCGCGCGGGGUGCGGGGAGGGGCGAGGGGGUACGGGGAGCACUGGGUGUGUGCCUCUGUGGGCAGGGGAGGCUGGCAGAGCGCGGGGGUGAGUCCACCAUGCUGAGGGGGGGUAUCAAGCCCUGUUAGGACACCGGAAGGGACCGAUUCUGAUCCUGCCUUCCCUGCUGCCCCGUCUCACGCCCUCCCUCCACCUCCUCCACUAAGGCAAUGGGGUGGUGGGGGCAGGCCCGGAAGUGAUGGGAGAGGGCGAGAAAGGGCUUCACCUCAGCUGGGCGGGGACCCUCACUCAGAUUCCUCUGCGGCGGAGGGAUCUGAGGUUCCAGCCCCGCUGCACCUGCAGGGGCCAGGUUGUUUUUUUGGGGGGGGGCAACUUGGAGACUCAAGAGAUCUUCUAGAGAACAGCCAGCGCUAGGGCUGGUGCCGAGACUCUGGGAGACCCCCCCCAGCCUGGUCCAGCCCCCACAAUGUACAGAUAGGCCAGUAGAGCCAAAUGGUGACCCUCCGACCACAGUUAACCCAUAGGGGGUCACCACCUCCAAACCCCCAAUUGUGAGGGGAUGUGUGCGAGGGCCAAGGGGGGCUCCUGGGGGCCUCCAGACUCUCGCAGAGCUACGCAAGUGUUCCCCCUGACUUCUUCCUCAUCUUGCUUGUCACAGCAGCUCCAAGGAGCCCCCCCAAAACAUCCAAGUGCCUUCAGCACCUUCCAGAAGAAAGGGGGUGAUUCCAAGACCAAGCCCCCUCCCCAGAACGCCAGUAUAUGUGGAACCCCGCCCUCCAGGACCCCCCCAUCACCCACCCACCCCUGUGCCGUCUCAUGCCCUCACCACCAGCCCCCCCCACCCUGCCCGACGCUGUAUUUGGUUGGAAUCCAAUAAAAUCAGAACUGAUUUACUAACAAA